AUGGCACUCACCCCGGUAAUCAGGAAGUGCUUCGAGAGGCUGGUCAUGGGCCACACCAAGCCCUUCAUAGUGACCUGGAACAUCCCAAAGCUGGUCUGUAACAGGUACAACAUCUCCCUGGACACUUCCCCCUACAGAGGCGUGGCCACACCUGCCAAGGUGCCAGGUCAGUUCCUGUCUCUUUUCUAUACUGACCGACUGGGGCUCUACCCCCACGUGGACCUGCCUUCCAGGCAGCAGUUCUACGGAGGCAUCCCCCAGAGAGGAAACCUUAGGGCCAGUCUGGCCAAGGCCCGGGCUGACAUCAACUACUACAUCCCCUCCAAGACGGCCCGUGGCCUUGCUGUGAUCGACUGGGAGGACUGGCGCCCCCUGUGGGCCAGGAACUGGGGCUCCAAGUGGAUCUACAGGACCCUAUCAGUGACCCAUGCCCGCCAGAGGGACCGCUCCCUCACAGCCUGGCGGGCCACGGCUACGGCCAAGAAGCAGUUCCAGGCAGCAGCCCGCAGCUACAUGGCAGAGACUCUGUCCUUGGGUAGCCGCCUUAGGCCCAACUACCAGUGGGGAUUCUACCUGUUCCCCAACUGUUAUAACCAUGGAUGGAUGGAGCCGGGAUACACAGGGAGAUGUACCAAGGAGGUGAUGGGGCAGAACGAUGAGCUGCUCUGGCUGUGGGAGGCAAGUUCCGCACUCUACCCCUCUAUAUACCUGCAGGCGUCUCUAGGGGACAGGCAUAGCGCUGCCCGCUUGGUGAGAAACCGAGUCCAAGAGGCGCUGAGGGUGGCUGCCCUGCCCGCCCGGCCCACCACCGCACCCGUCUACGUGUACACACGACCCGUCUUCAUCGACCAGAACAGACGCUUCCUCAGCCAGGGGGACCUGGUCAGCACCAUCGGGGAGAGUGCUGCCGUGGGGGCCUCAGGAGCCGUGCUGUGGGGGGCCAGUGCCGACUACGAUGACAAGGCGUCCUGUCAGGCUCUUUCCUCGUACCUCACCACCACGCUCAACCCCUACGUCGCCAACGUGACAGCCGCCGCCCAGCUCUGCGGCGACUUCCUGUGCCAGGGGAACGGGCGCUGCGUCCGGAAGCACUACGAGUCGGCCCACUACCUCCACCUGUCCUCAGGGAACUUCCGUAUCCUCCGGGCUAGGGGCACCUACAUGGUCCUGGGGACGCCCAGUCUGGCUGACCUGGCUCUCUUCUCCAGGAGGUUCACCUGUCAAUGCUAUGCAGGACGGACAUGUUCCCCCAAGCUGCCCAUACACCUGUCUAAAGCACUGGUGUUUAGACUGAAGCAUCAGGGUCUGUCCGACAAGACUAAGACACUGAAUAAAGUGAUCGCUGAUAUGGAACAGUCAACCAUUGAAGAGAACUUGAAAAAACACUGA